UCCUGCUGGGCAGUGGGGUGGACAAAGCAAGGCAAGAAUGAUUGCCUUGGAUUGGCCCAUCUGCUGUCACUUCUGUGACCAUCAAGACAAGGAGAAGAAGGAGUUGGUGUCAUUUGAAGAUAUAGCUGUGGACUUCUCCUGGCAAGAAUGGCAAUACCUUGAUAUUGUUCAGCAAACCCUUUAUAGGGAUGUGAUGCUAGAAAACUACAACAGCCUGGUGUACUUGGGGCACUGUAUGAGCAAACCAGAGUUGAUCUUCAAGUUAGAGCAAGGAUAUGCACCAUGUAGUGUACCAGAAAGCUCAGCUCAGAGGCAUCCAGCAGAAUUAAAACCUCAAAAUGCUCAGACAUCUGAGAAACCAUAUGAAUGUGAUGGAUGUGAGAAAGCUGUCUUCUGGAAGUCACAGCUCACUCUUCACCAGAGAACUCAUACAGUUGGGAAGCCAUAUGGCUGUGGGGAUGCUUUUCUGAAGAAGACAAAUUUCACCAUUCAUCAGAGAACCCAUACAGGUGAGAGACCACCUGAAUAUAAUGAAAAUGAGAAUACUUUUCUGAAGAACUCAGGUUUCACUAAUCAUCAGAGAACUCAUUUGGGUGGCAAACUGUAUGAAUGCAAUGGAUAUGGAAAUGCUUUCUUCUCUAAGUCACAACUAAGUGUGCAUCAGAAAACUCACACAGAUGAGAAGCCAUAUGCAUGUAAUAGCUGUGAGAAAACUUUCUUUCAGAAGUCACAUCUCACCAUUCAUCAGAGAACCCAUAUAGAUGAAAAAUGUUAUGAAUGUAAUGAAUGUGGGAAUGCUUUCUCUCAUAAGUCACAAUUCCACAUUCAUCAAACAACACAUACAGGUGAGAAACUGUAUGAAUGUGGAAGAGAUUUAUUUUAUAAGUCCCAACACACUGCACAUCAGAGAAUUCAUACAGGUAAGAAACCAUAUGAAUGUACUGAAUGUGGGAAAGGUUUCUCUCAAAAGUCAUACCUCGCCAUUCAUCAGAGAAUACAUACAGGUGAGAAACCAUAUGCAUGUAAUGAAUGUGGGAAAGCUUACUUCAGUAAGUCAACAUUCAAUGUGCAUCAGAAAACUCACACAGGUAAGAAACCAUAUGAAUGUAAUAAAUGUGAGAAAGCUUUCUUUUGUAAGUCACGCCUCACCAUUCAUCAGAGAACACACACAGGUGAGAAACCAUAUGGUUGUAAUCAAUGUAAGAAAGCUUUCUCUAAUAAAUCAAACCUCAUCAUUCAUCAGAGAACACAUACAGGUGAGAGGCCAUAUGAAUGUAAGGUAUGUGAGAAAGCUUUCUCUCAUAAGUCACACCUCACUACUCAUCAGAGAACACAUACAGGUGAGAAACCAUAUGAAUGUAAUGAAUGUGGGAAAGCUUUCUUCUACAAGUCAACACUCAGGGUGCAUCAGAAAACUCAUACAGGUGAGAAACCAUACAAAUGUAAUGAAUGUGAGAGAGCUUUCUUUUGUAAGUCACGCCUCACCAUUCAUCAAAGAACACACACAGGUGAGAAACCAUAUGGUUGUAAUGAAUGUGAGAAAGUUUUCUCUAAUAAAUCAAACCUCAUCAUUCAUCAGAGAACACAUACAGGUGAGAAGCCAUAUGAAUGUAAUGAAUGUGAGAAAGCUUUCUCUCAUAAGUCACACCUCACUACUCAUCAGAGAACACAUACAGGUGAGAAACCAUAUGAAUGUAAUGAAUGUGGGAAAGCUUUCUUAAACAAGUCAACACUCAGUGUGCAUCAGAAAACUCACACAGGUGAGAAACCAUACAAAUGUAAUGAAUGUGAGAGAGCUUUCUCUUGUAAGUCACACCUCAUCAACCAUCACAGAACACAUACAGGUGAGAAACCAUAUGGAUGUAAUGAAUGUGAGAAAGCUUUUUCUCAGAAGUCACACCUCAUCAACCAUCAGAGAACACAUACAGGUGAGAAACCAUACGGAUGUAAUGAAUGUGAGAAAGGUUUCACUUCUAAGUCACAACUCACCAUACAUCAGAGAACACAUACAGGUGAGAAACCAUAUGGAUGUAAUGAAUGUAAGAAAGGUUUUUCUUGUAAGUCACACCUUAUCAUACACCAGAGAACACAUACAGGUGAGAAACCAUAUGGAUGUAAUGAAUGUGAGAAAGGUUUCUCUCGUAAGUCACACCUCAUUAUUCAUCAGAGAACACAUACAGGUGAGAAACCAUAUCAAUGUAAUGAAUGAGGCAAUUUCUCUGGUAAAUCACAACUUACCACUCAUCAGAGAACACAUACAGGUGAGAAACCAUGUGGAUGUAAAGAAUGUGAGGAAACUUUGUACCAUAAGUUACAACUCAUCAUUCAUCAAUGAAGACAUACAGGUGAGAAACUGUGAAUAUAAUGAUUGUGGGAGAGCAUUUGAAGUUACUUCACAUCAGAAAAUAUACACAGGUGCAAAAAUACAUGCAUGCAAUAGAUAUGAGAAAUCUUUCUUAAGGAAAUCACACCGCACCACAUUUGGGUGAGAAAUCAUAGGAAUGUAAUGAGUGUGGGAUGGCUUUCAUCCAGAAGUCAACCCCUUCACUAUUCAUCACAGAAUUCUCAUAAGUGAGAGCCAUAUGAAUAUAAUGAAUGUUGGAAAGCUUUCUUCUCCAAGUUACCAAUCACCAUACAUCAUCAAAUUUACACAGUUGGGAAGCUGACUAAAUAUGUGAAUACUCUCUUGUGGAAGUCACACCUUAUCAUUCAUCACAAAACUCAGAGUUGUGAAGCCAUAUUAAUGUAAUGAAUUUGAAAAAGCUUUCUUCUGGAAGUCAAAUGUAACUAUACACCAGAGAAUUCAUAGAGACGAUAACCCGUAAGAAUGUGUUUAAUGUAGCAAAGCUUUCUUCAAGUCACAAGUCACUAUACAUUAGGAACUCUUGCAGUUGAGUCGUCAUAUGGGUAUAAUAAAUGUAAAAAGGUUACCUACUGGAAA